AUGCCCAAGUACGACGUCAUCACCCGUUCUCUCAAGGCUUACGCUAAAUCUCCUGCCAUUAAAGCACCUGUUGGUGUUUUUGUAGGCGGCACUUCUGGUAUUGGUCUCAAUACUGCUCUUGCAUUUGCACGAGCUACUGCGGCUUCCGAAGAGUCUCCCAAGAUCUACAUUGUAGGUCGCGACCCCAUCAAGGCCUCCGCUGCCGAAAUUGAAAUCAAAAAACUUAAUCCCAAGGCUGUCUUCAAUUUCCUACAACAUGACCUCCUCUACAUUGAACAAGCCAAACGCGUUUCCAACAUUAUUAACAACCACGAAACAAAGGUCAACCUCUUGUUUCUUUCCCAAGGUUGCUUCCCUGCAGGCGGCCGCCAGGAAACUUCCGAAGGCAUUGAUUCCAAGCUGGCAACAGCAUACUAUACUCGCUGGUCGAUCAUCAACGAUAUUCUGCCUCUUUUAAAUGGCGCUGCAGACGCCGGAGAGUCUGCACGCGUUGUUUCAGUUCUUGGUGCUGGGUACGAGGCCACUGAUAUCGAUGCAACAGAUUUUGAUCUCAAGAAUAGCUACUCGCUUCUGCGAGUUCUCAAGGUGGGUCCUGCUUAUAAUACCAUUGCCGCUGCGCGGUUUGCAUUCAAGUAUCCCAAAGUCUCUUUUAUCCACACCAGUCCUGGUUCGGUGUACACUAAUGUGUACCGUGAUGUUCCAUGGUACGCCCGCUAUAUUAUGACGGCUAUCAGCCGUCUUAUUUCCACGACACCGGAAGUUUCCGGUGAAUACCACUUGUAUGCUGGUCUUACUGGAGAACAGUUUGGACCUGGUGAAGCGCACAUUCUGAACAACAAUAUGGAGGAGGCUUAUUCCGAAGCUGAAAAGAAUUCCAACGCCGGGUUGUUUAGCAAGGACUUGGAGAAGCAGCUUUGGGAUCAUACAGAGGAGGUUUUUUCAAAGGCAGUAGAGUUGGACGCUACUAAAUGA